AGGGUUAUUUUAAUUAAUAAUGCGUAGUUUGAAAUACGAUUUAUCUGUUGUUGUUUGAGAUGAUUGAAAAGAGAUUUUGUCAGGGAUAGAAACAGACUUUUUGUGUGAAGUUACAGUACCUUGGGUGUCCGUUCCCCAGGUGUGUCAUGUCACUGCUGGGAGAUCCGGUGUAGGAGAUGCGAGCUGUGUUGCGUCUGGUAGUAGUGGCGGUCCCAAUGGGGGUGCUGCUGUCCCGGACCAUGGCCUGGAUGUCCAGUGGCAAAACACAUCAAGAGCUCAUAACCAGACUGAGGGAUCAUGGCGUGAUCCACAGUGACAGAGUGUUUGAUGCCAUGCUGACCACAGACAGAGGAAUCUAUUCCAGAGAUUAUCCAUAUGCAGACUCUCCACAGUCCAUAGGCUUUCGAGCCACCAUCAGUGCACCACACAUGCACGCCCAUGCUUUGGAGUUGUUGAGUGACAAACUCAAAGAAGGGGCAUCAGCUAUGGAUGUGGGCUCAGGGAGCGGAUACCUCACUGCCUGUUUUGCACGGAUGACAGGUAAGACUGGCAGAGUGGUGGGUGUUGAACACAUUGAUGAACUGGUACAAAGUUCAAUAAAAAACAUCCAAGCUGAUGACCCAGAACUUAUUUCCUCUGGACGCGUUCGACUUGUUGUGGGAGAUGGAAGGCUUGGAUACCCAGAGGGAGCUCCAUAUGAUGCCAUUCACGUUGGUGCAGCUGCAGCUAUUGUUCCGAAAGCUCUCUUGGAGCAGCUGAAGCCUGGCGGGCGGUUGGUGCUUCCAGUAGGCCCUGAUGGCGGCAGUCAGGUCCUAGAACAGUACGAUCGUCAGACCGAUGGGACCUUUCUCAAAAGAGCUUUGAUGGGAGUGGUUUACGUUCCCUUGACAGACAAGAGACGACAGUGGCCUGGAGGCGAGCUCUGACUGCAGUGUGGCUGCCCCUGCAGGAGGUGGCACUGGUGCUGCAUGCCUUCAGCCCUAUAGCGCCCUUGUUGGUUUCCAAGGCUUCCCUGCCCAUUUGUCACCUAGCAACUUGCACAAGUAGGAUCUGGCUCUUUGCCUAACUGAGCGCAAUAACAGUGCAUGGUUGAAUGCGUGCACAUCUGGGAAUGUUGUUAGUAGGAUUUAUGGGAAAAAGCUUGUGAUGUUGACCUGGAAAUGUACACUUUGCACACAAGCAAGUUAGUAGUUUAGUUUUAAAUCCAGCCAUAAGGACAAGCACAAAGACAAGACUAGAAUUAAAACUACAGCAGCUUAAAUUAAAUUAUAUUCUGCUAGCAAGUGUUAUUUCAUAUGACAUAUUACUAUGUGAAAUAUGCUGUUUGUGCCAAACAUGUUUAGUUCAUGAGAGAAAUGUUUUCUUUAUCGGACUGAUGAAAAAAAAAACUCUUGAUAUUGAAUAUGUUACAUAUUUACAAAUCUAAAACAAAAUUCAAAUAUGUUACACCUCAUUCACACUAUAAAGGGACAAUAUUGUGACCGUUAAGGUUACUACUCCAUAAAUAUGAUUAUUGAUAUAUGUUACGUACCUUGCAAAUGAGUGUUUUAGUCAACCAUGUUUAAUUUUAUGAUUAAAUAUUAAUUCUGUAAAUGGUCCUUGUGGCUU